AUGGAAAUAAGCUGUCGUAAUUUCCGAUGUCGGCAAAGUUUGAUUGGUCAGCUCAUACCGACGGGACUAAUUCCGUCGGAAUUCCGUCGGAAAUUCGAUGUCAGCAAAUUUGAGUGGUUACCAUUUCGUUGGCGGUGGCUGAUGGGAUUGGUGGGUCCACAUAUUCUGAGUAUCAAAGAACGCAUUUCCUGUAAUGGAGUUCCUGUCUCUGCAUCCACUCUUAACGAUCUCUUCUAUUCGAUUAAACCGAUCCUCGAUCAGUCUAUUCAAGAGGAGAAUGGUUCUUUGAGUCAUUUUGAGAUUCUCACAGGGAUAGCCUUUUCAUUAUUUUCGAAAGAAAAUGUCGACAUUGCGGUUAUAGAGGCUGGGCUAGGAGGAGCUCGUGAUGCUACAAAUGUCAUUGAAAGUUCAAAUCUUGCUGCAUCAGUCAUAACGACGAUAGGUGAGGAACAUUUGGCUGCUCUUGGUGGUUCUUUGGAAAGUAUAGCAGAGGCGAAAUCUGGAAUUAUUAAACACAGUCGUCCAGUGGUUUUAGGUGGGCCGUUUCUUCCACAUAUAGAGGGCAUUCUUCGUUCUAAAGCAGCAUCAUUGUCGUCAUCGGUUAUAUUGGCAUCAAGUAUUGGGUCUAGUUCUUCAAUUAAAGGCAUCAUCAACAAGAACGGGAUUGGGCUUUGUCAGUCCUGUGACAUUGUCAUACGAAAUGAGAGAGAUGAUAAACCAAUUGUUGAGCUUGGUGAUGUAAAUCUACGCAUGCUUGGACAUCACCAGCUCCAAAAUGCGGUUACUGCCACAUGCGUGUCUCUCUGUCUUCGUGAUCAAGGAUGGGGGAGAGUGACAGAUGAAGCUAUUCGGAUUGGUUUAGAAAAUACUCGUUUACUUGGUAGAAGUCAGUUUCUGACACCAAACGAAGCAGAGGCUUUACAAUUACCCGGAGCAACAGUGCUUCUUGAUGGAGCUCACACCAAAGAAUCUGCGCUAGCUCUAAAGAGGAUGAUAAAUAAGGAUUUUGCUGAUAAGAGAUUAGUGUUUGUGGUUGCAAUGGCUAGUGACAAAGAUCAUGUUUCUUUUGCAAAAGAACUACUCUCAGGUCUAAAACCGGAAGCAGUGGUCUUAACAGAAACUGACAUUGGUGGAGGUAAGGUUAGAUCAACCGAGUGUUCGGUUUUGAAAGAAUCAUGGAUAAAAGCUGCUGAUGAGUUAGGUUUAGGGUUUAUGGAAGCUUUAGAAAACAAAACUGUGUUUGGUUCCUUAAAACUUGCCUACAAGGUUCUCAAAACCGGUGACUCGGGAAUGGUUAUAGUCACCGGUUCACUUCACAUUGUAUCUUCAGUCUUAGCUUCUCUUCAACAUUAG